AUGGCGAGACAGGUAUAUAAGGAGGCAAAGCAGCCUGCCAGGCCAUUCCCAAUCUCACCGCGCCACGACACUCACUGCAUCUCCGUUAUGAAUCCACUGGUGAUCCUCGUAGGACUGGCGGCUGUCGUCUCCGCCGCUCCCGCCCCGCAGUCCUCGGGCGCAGCGCAGUCGCCGGUGCUCGUGAGGAACGUCGACAAGGACCUCGAGGUCCAGGUCGUGCAGCUUGAGGAUGGCGAGUACGGCGUGCGCGUGUUCAAGCGCUCGGACCAGCGGCCGAUCCUCCUGCCCAGCCAGACCUGGUCCGUCCCGCCGGAGUGGCGCGCCCCCGGACACGAGGCCGCCAGGGUCGUCCACGCUGAGCUCCUUUCCUCCGGCGACGUGGUCAUCGUCCUGUACAGCCCUAAGGGCGGCCUCGACCUGAUCGUGCUGCCGCAGGAGAUCUUCAAGCCCAUUGAGGUGACGACCGACAACGCCAUCAUCUUCCCAAAGGUGUCCGUCCCGUGGCACCCGACCGUGUCCACGCCGGCCGAGGACUGGACGUGGCCCUCGGACGCGGAGGCCGUCACGCCCUCCGGCACCGGCUUCCGCUCGGCCUCGCCAGAGAAGGCGACCCUCCCCAAGGAGUGAGGCUUAUCACCGCGCUCUCUCUCGCAAAGCCAAAGAAUGGACAGAGGUGCGACUUCGUGUGUGUAGAAACAACGUGAAGCAGAGUUACAUUUGUGUGUAAUACAUAUCUCCAUUUUUUCUAGAUUGAGCAGAAACCAUUUUGUUAACAUUUGCAGCUCAAUGCCUCAUGUACUAUUAUCUGAACGUAGAUAUGGAAACCUUUAGAAUUACACACUUCUGCACUAAAGACACAUAGAUGUGUUAAUUUAUGAUACGCAUUUUUGUCAAUACUAUUUGAAAUAGCAUCGGUAUAGUUUCUUCUGUCUUCCAUUUUUUCACUUCAAGAAAUGUAGUCUGUUAAGCCUCUGACGACUUAUUCACUAAUUAGCAUUCUUUAUUUAUUUUCAUAUCAUCUGCUUUGGUACUUUGUUGGUGAAUGCAUCGUCAUCAGGAAAUUAAAACAGUGAAUAUCUCUUUUA